AUGACCUCGGUCGUUUUGAACAACGAUGCUGUGGUAGAUGACUGGGAGUCCGUGCCAUCAGAUCAUGUCUCCCAACUGGCUCAACAGAAACAGGCCGUUCUGAAACGGCAACAAAAAAGUGCCGCGGCCGAAGAGAAGUGCCUUCAGAAUGAGAAACCCACAAACGACCAAGGAAUCGGCAGGUAGGGAUUGAUUUUCUUGAUUAAUUGGUGUUUAGUAUAAUUCAGAAACCAUUACGAUUAUUAAAACGGGAAAAACCAACGAGGCAGUCCAGGACUUCGGAAUCUGAAGAAGCCACCAAGACGCUAGCUCAACUUACACUCGACGUAUGUUUUAGGCUUUUUAUUGUCAUUUUCAUAAAACUCAUGACUUUUUUAUUUCAAAAGUCUUUUAAAUUGUAUGGUCUCAGUUAGAUUUAUAUUUUUGUUUUAGGAACGAAUUGCUAACUACGACAAGAUCCGACAGCGCAUAUUUAACGCAGAUGAAGGUAAAAAGCCGGAGGCUUCUGAGGAAUCCACGAGUAACGGAAGCGGUGAAAAGAACAAGCAAGCUGAGAAAACUAAAGGGUCCAAUGGUGUUACCGUAGAAGCCAUAAAUCAUCUUACCCAUGUUCCUAUGCUUUCAGAAGAUACACAUCAAGGUAAGUCAUUAGUAUUGAAUCACCACCUAAUAUAUUACGUAUGAUGGCAUGUUACAAAAAUGUGGAAAUGACCAUUUUAGCCAACAAUAUGAGGCCCCCACCACAGCAUUUCUAUAACCAGCCCAUGGAUCUACCACCAAUGAUACCUCCAAUGAUCCCGCCAAUGAUGAUGAUGCACGGAGGUAAGUCUAAAUAUUCACAUAUUUAUAGUUUUAGGUCAAUCAAACAUUCAAGGGUACCCGUCCCAGAGCGCGGCCCCACCGUUCAUUCCUCCGCCAACGUGGAUGCCUCCGCCGCCUAUAGAUCUCAAUCAUGCGCCUUUACCUUACGGACAUCCACCACCCCCUCUGGGACAAGGGUUUUACAAUCCAAAAUGGAUGUCUCAACCUCCACCUUCAAUUUCUCAGCCAACAGGUAAGCUUUUUGGCAAUUUUUUUCUUUAAACUUACUUAAUUAUAUUGUAUAUGAAGAAUCGAGAGAAUGAAAAUUUUUUUGGAACGUGUUCGUCAGCUAUGUUUUAGGUGCUAGGUUACCCACAAAACAGCCUGUGCCAUUAAAGAACAUUAAAGCCCAACUUCCGAACAACAAGAAUAAUCUCAACCAACCAUCGAAACGACAAAGCGGCCCAAAGGCCAAGAACAACAGUACGGGGUCAUCAAAAAAGUAA